AUGUACGUAUACGCAGGUCCUCAUAAACUACGUGAAUGUCUGCCUCUAGCAAUAUUAUUACGUAAUAGAUUAAAGUAUGCAUUAACAUACCAUGAGACAAAGUUGAUAGUUAUGCAGAGAUUAAUAAGAAUAGAUGGUAAGAUAAGAACAGAUCAAUGUUAUCCUGUAGGAUUUAUGGAUAUAAUAUCUAUAGAGAAAACACAACAAUAUUAUCGUCUAUUAUUAGAUACAAAAGGUAGAUUUAUACCUAGACAAAUAAAUAAGGAAGAAGCUAAUUAUAAGUUAUGUAAGGUAAAAAAAAUAUUAAUAGGUAAUAAAGGUAUACCUAUGCUUGUUACUCAUGAUGCAAGAACUAUUAGAUUCCCUCAUCCUAAUAUAAAAGUACAUGAUACUAUAAGAAUUAAUAUUGAGGACUCUAAGAUAUUGGAUACAUACAAGUUUGAAUCAGGAAAUAUAGCUAUGAUAACAGGAGGACAUAACGUAGGGAGAGUAGGUAUAAUAGUAAAUAGGGAAAGACAUCUAGGUAGUCUAGAUAUAGUACAUAUAAGAGAUACAAGAGGAAAUGAAUUUGCUACAAGAAUUAAUAAUGUAUUUAUUAUAGGAAAAGGGGAUAAACCUAUGGUAUCUCUACCUAAGGAUAAGGGUAUACGUCUAUCUAUCUUUGAGGAUAGACAGCUUAAAUUAAAAAAGAAUGCUGGAUUAUAA